AUGAUCACGUCACAGAUAUGCCAAUCAGCCUUGCCAGAUGAGAUCCUCAAAGCCGUGGUAGCACAGCUAGAUGACAAGGAUUCAGACGUUAGAGAGGCCGCCGUCAACAUCUUAUGUCGCCAAUCAGCCUUGCCAGAUGAGGUCCUCAAAGCCGUAGCGGCACGGGUAGCAGACGAGGAUUCAGACGUUAGAGAGGCCACCGUCAACAUCUUAUGUCGCCAAUCAGCCUUGCCAGACGAGAUCCUUAAAGCCAUAGCAGCACGGGUGGGAGACAACAAUUCAGACGUCAAAAGAGCCGCCAUCAAAAUCUUAGGUAGCCAAUCAGCCUUGCCAGAUGAGAUCCUCAAAGCCGUGGUAGCACAGCUAGACGACAAGGAUUCAGACGUUAGAGAUGCCGCCAUCAACAUCUUAUGUCGCCAAUCAGCCUUGCCAGAUGAGAUCCUCAAAGCCAUAGCCGCGCGGUUAGAUGUCAAAGAUCUAGACGUCAUAGGCUUCGCCGUCAAAAUCUUAGUCCAUCAAUCAGCUCUGCCAGAUGAGAUACUCAGAGCCGUAAUGGCAUGGGUAGAAGACGAGGAUUUAGUCUUUAGAAGAGCCGCCAAAACUUAUUGUAGCCAAUCAGCCAUGCAAGAUGAGUUCCUCAAAGCUGUGGCAGCACUGGUGGAAGACAACGAUGCAGAACGGGUGGAUGAAAUCAAUGCUGCCGCCAGAUGGGUCGCCGCCGGAGUCUUAUGUUGCCAACCAGCCUUGCCAAAUGAGGUCCUCAAAGCCGUGGUAGCAUGGGUAGCAGACGAGGAUUCAGACGUCAGAAGAGCCGCCAUCAAAAUCUUAGGUAGCCAAUCAGCCUUGCCAGACAAGAUCCUUAAAGCCGUAGCGGCACGGGUGGGAGAUAACAAUUCAGACGUCAGAAGAGCCGCCAUCAAAAUCUUAGGUAGCCAAUCAGCCUUGCCAGAUGAGGUCCUCAAAGCCGUAGCGGCACAGGUAGCAGACGAGGAUUCAGACAUUAGAGAUGCCGCCGUCAACAUCUUAUGUCGCCAAUCAGCCUUGCCAGAUAAGGUCCUCAAAGCCGUAGCAGCACAGCUAGACGACAAGGAUUCAGACGUUAGAGAUGCCGCCGUCAACAUCUUAUGUCGCCAAUCAGCCUUGCCAAAUGAGGUCCUCAAAGCCGUAGCGGCACGGGUAGAAAACGAGGAUUCAGACAUUAGAGAGGCCGCCGUUGAUGUCUUAGGCCGCCAAUUAACCUUGGCAGACGAGAUCCUUAAAGCCGUGGCAGCACGGGUAGAAGAUAAAGAUUCAGCCGUUAGAUGGGCUGCCGUAGACGUCUUAGGUAGCCAAUCGGCCUUGGCAGACGAAGUCCUCAAAGUUGUGGCGGCACGGCUAGAUGACAAGCGUUCAGAUGUCAGAGAGAUCGCCGUCUAUAUUUUAGGUCGCCAAUCAGCCUUGCCAGACGAGAUCCUCAAAGCCAUGGCGGUACGGGUAGAAGACAAUGCUUCAGGUCUCAGAUGGGCCGCCAUCAAAAUCUUAGAUCACCAAUCGGCCUUACCAGACGAGAUCCUCAAAGCCGUGGUGGUACCGUUAGAUGAUAAAGAUUUAGACGUUAGAAGGGCCGCCGUCAAAGUUUUAUGUCGCCAAUCAGCCUUGUCAGACGAGAUCCUUAAAGCCGUGGCGCUGCUACUAGAAUCUAAAAGAGCAAGCGACCUGGCAGAGCUUGUACUAAGAAACCACAGAGAAUUCUAUUCCACCCUUUUCAGCGGCCGCUUUAUAAAACUCCUAUACAAUAUUUUGCUGCGGCGCAGCUUUGAGGAACAACUGAGUUGGUAUAUUGAGGAGGGCAUGUCCUGCGUUAGCAUGCCAGAUGGGGUCAGAAAAUCUCAUACUGGUGAUCAGCAAAAGUUCAUAGACAUGGUUAUCGAAGCACGGCCUGUAGCUAUUUCAUUGAUGGACGAUGGAGUUUGCAAUAGCAGAUGAUGACAGGCAAACGCAAUUUCGAUCGACUUGAUUGGUCUGUUCAUUGCCUUGUUGGUUUUCUCUUUUCAAAGGUUGCUACAAAAAGGGUUUAGGAGAAUACGUGAAUUUAUAGGGUUUCGAAAUCCAUU